GACCGGGGACGAAAGUCAACAUGUAAUUUUGUGUAGAAAACUUAGAGUGAAAUAAAAAAUUCAUAUAAUCUAAACGUAAGUCGCGACAAAAUGGAUCUGUAAUCAGUUUAAGUAGUAAUAAAGUCGAUAUUUUUUAACUUUUAAAAAAUAAAAAUAAAAAUACCCUGUUUAUUGCUGUUUAUGUACCGUACUAUGAAAAUCCUACUGUAAAGAUUUGUAAAUCAACUGUACAAUGGAUAACGAGGAGCUUUUAGUUCCAGGUUUUUGGAGGAAUAGACAUCCACAAAUCAACAAUCAAUUUCAUGGACAAGGUCCUAGAGGGCCUCUACAUCGAAGAGGGCGGAAUAUGAGUCAAGGUCCACGAGAACCGAUACAAGGCAGGGGCCGUAAUACAAGUCAAGGUCCUCGAGAACCGACACGCGGGAGAGGUCGUAAUUUAAGUCAAGGUCCUCGAGAGCCGGCAAACGGAAGAGGCCGUUAUAUAGAUAACCAUCUAUCACAUCACCAACGGGGUAAAACUGGCAAGCGCGAGCAGCGGCCUAGGCAUGUCGGGUUCCUGUACUUAGAGAAACUAGCCGAAAGCGCCGACACGGAUAUAAUACAAAAUGUUAACAAACAGUACGACGCUCUGCUCGAUCUGCUGACAUCUCCAAUAGACCGCCCCGACAUUUACUUCCUAGUGCUGAAAGUAGCGCAGAAAGUCGUCGGAUGCUCGUUCGAUCGGCUCAAAAUAAAAUUCCUCCUGGACCUUUGUAAUUCGCAGUUCAUUAUUUACUUGCGAACCUAUUUGAUGGACCUGCCGUACGCGAGCGACGAAGACCGACGUGCUAACAAAAUGUACUGGCAGAAUCCGGACGAAUUUUGGGGGAAUCUCGUUGCAUUCUGCGAAUGUAUGAUGACCACUGCGCCCUCCGUAGCCAAGAGCAAGUGCAGGUCCCUAGUCGAGGACACGUCCAAACUCUGCCUGGAGAAGUUGAGCGAAAACCACUCGUAUAUGCUUCCCGACGAGCUCAGUUCAAAACUCAACGAUUUGCGGGAUGCCAUGAAAAUUGUAGAGGAGAAAUUGGCCAAUACGAAGAAAACUGUAGUCGUAGACCAGGGGGAUCCUCCGGACGACUUUCGUGAGCUGAGCGUCCUCCCCACGAGGGAGGAUCUGUUGGUCAACAAGCCAUUCAUCCGGCCUAACAUCAUCGACGGCGCCUACCGCGACGUGGACCACUACCUGGACGUCCAGUUCCGCCUGCUCCGCGAAGAUUGCUUCGGCCCGCUCCGAGAUGGAUUAUACCAAUACAUUAAGGAUCCAUCAAAAAGGAGAUACGACAAUAUACGGAUAUAUCAAGACGUUCGAUUCUUACGUCCAUACGUAUCCAAUUAUAAAAUUGGUACUGUGAUUCAAGUCGAUAAGGGAACAACGAAAAGAUUUAAAAACGUGAAUUGGUCACACAGUCAGAGGCUGAAGUUUGGCACUCUACUUCUAUUGACUAAAGACAACUGCAAAAGUUUCAUGACCGUGACUGUGAUGGACCGCGACAAAUGGUACCUGGAGAACGGUCAAAUUCCAGUCGAACUACUAGAUUUGAACGUCGGCGAUGAAAUUUACGACGGAGAAUCUUACACGAUGAUAGAGAGCGAAGUCUACUUCGAGCCGUAUCAACACGUGCUGCGCGCACUGCAAGAUUCUCAAUUCCCGAAUCAGCUGGCUAUGAAGAAAUACAUAGUGGACGUCGAUGUCCAACCAUCUCGACCCAAAUAUUUAAAACAUAUCGAGGAGUAUACGUAUAAAACUGAAAAUGCGUUGGAAGAUGAUAUGACAUUUCAACCGAAUAAUGACGCGUGGCCGUCGUCCGACGAUCUCGGUCUCGACGAGAGUCAAUUCGAGGCCUACAAGGUGGCCCUCACGCACGAGUUCGCCGUCAUCCAGGGCCCGCCGGGCACGGGCAAAACCCACAUCGGCGUGGAAAUCGCCAAAACAUUACUGUGGAACGCGUCGAAUAUCCGCGUGAAGAAACGGUACCAUUGUAUAUUGCUCCUCGUCUGCUACACCAACCACGCCCUCGAUCAGUUCCUGGAGGCCCUCCUGCCCUACACCGACUCCAUCGCCCGCAUCGGAGGCCAGUCGAGGAGCGAAGAGCUCGAGAAGUACAACCUAUCGGCGCUCAAAGCUAAACACAGGUCUUAUACGUUCAAUGAUCUCAGAAAUACGGUGAACGCCACGAUGUCACGCCUGAUGUCGGUUCAGAAUCUCAUGAGUAACGCUCACAGCGGUGUCCUGAGGUUGCAACUGUUGGAAAACGACCCGCUGCCCGACGCCUCGAUCAAUUUCGAUGAAAUCCGCAAUUUACAUGAUACUAUAUAUAGAAAGGCUGGUCAUCGCACUCACCCUGAUCCGAUGGGCUUGUGGUUGUUCGAGGACAUGAAAGUCGAUUAUGACGAGAUCAUCGACGAGACGGUAAUAGUCGGCGAAGUGCAGGAGUAUGUCGCUGUGUCGAAUUCUAAGGAUGACGACCGACAAAAUCCGUUUGCUUUUUCCUUACCCGAAGCCUGCAAUGAGAUACUAAAAAUGAUAACGGCUUACGAGAAAGAGGUGGAGUUAGCGAAAAAAGUUAAAUUACAAAGAUAUAUUGCAUUUCUCCGAGGACAAAUCAGAUUAUUCACAAGAAUGAGAGAACUAUAUUAUCAUCACCAUGACGUGCAGAGUGGACACGCUCGUAACUUAAAUAUUCCGGAUUACGUGUACUUCAGAUGGAUGACAUAUUUCCGCUGGGUUGACCACUUCAACGAAAUAAAAAAUCAGGAAAUGAUAAAAAUUAAGAAAGAAGCGGCCCAACUCCUAAAAGACUACGAAGAAGCAAAAUUAGUUAUAGACUGUGAGGUACUAAGGGAAGUGGAUGUCAUAGGCAUGACGACUACUGGAGCUGCGCGACUGCGCAAGAUGAUACAAGACAUAGGUCCUCCUAUCGUUAUCGUCGAGGAGGCAGCUGAAGUCCUCGAGCAGCACAUUAUAACAUCCCUCACAAAAGAUUGUCAACACCUCAUAUUAAUCGGCGACCACAAGCAGCUGCGGCCGUCGGCGGCGCACAUGCGUCUGGCGCGGCAGUACAAUAUCGAGGUGUCGUUGUUCGAGCGCAUGAUCCUCAACAGCGUGCACUCGCGCCGCCUGCGCGUGCAGCACCGCAUGCGUCCGCCCUUCGCACGCCUGCUCGCCCCGCACAUAUACCCAGACCUGCUCAACCAUCCCUCGGUGGAACACUUCCCCGACGUGCGCGGGGUCACCGCCAACUUGUUCUUCUACACCCACGAGCACCAAGAGUUGGCGGAGGCUGACAGCGCCAGCAAGAGUAACCCAAAGGAGGCUGACAUGGUUCUUCUGUUGGCCAACUACCUAAUGCAGCAAGGUUACGACGCGAAGGAUGUCACCAUCCUAGCCGCAUAUUCGGGACAAAUGUUCUAUAUGAAAAAUGAAAGGAAGGGGUACACACACCUUGAUCAGGUCAAAAUAACUUUAGUCGAUAACUAUCAAGGCGAAGAGUCCAAAAUUAUUCUGCUGUCGCUCGUGAGGAACAACCACAACGACAGUAUAGGUUUCUUGGGGACUGAAAAUAGAAUCUGCGUUGCUUUAUCGAGGGCUAGAGAAGGCUUUUAUAUUUUUGGCAAUAUGAACUUAUUGAAGAAGAAUUCCACUUUAUGGAGCACGAUCGACAAUAUUUUGAGUGAAGACGGCCUCGUGGGCUCCACUCUUAUGCUCCGAUGUGAGAAUCACAGGGAGAACACUACCGAGAUUUCUUCGGCAGAAGACUUCGUGAAAGUGCCAGAGGGAGGAUGUCUUUUACAAUGUGAAUUCAGGCUCCAAUGUGGGCACCAGUGUCCGCUCCUGUGUCACAACUAUGGCCGCGACCACGCGGAAAUAAAAUGUGACAAGCAGUGUGAUCGGCAAUGUGAGAACGAGCACCCGUGUCGACUCAAGUGCAGAGAACCAUGUAUAUGUAGAGUGCGCAUGACCAAGAAGUUCCCCUGUGGCCACGAGAACGAAGUGCCCUGCUACGUGGAUCCCGAGAGAGGACGCUGCCACACUGAGCUAGAAGUCACGCUGCCUCUGUGCGGCCACCAGGCCAAGAAGGAGUGCUGGGUCGACAUAAAGUCUGUACGAUGUGCGGUUCCCUGUGACCAUCGCAUGGACCCGUGCGGUCACACGUGCACUUUUAAAUGCCACGUCAAUCAUGACCCACACCACGAGAAAUACAAGUGUCCAAAACCGUGUGCUCGAAAAAACAACGGGUGCUCCAACGAGGAAGAGGACACACCUGACGAACACAUGUGCAAAAAACUGUGCCACGAAAAGUGCGACGAUUGCAACGUGCAGGUGAAAAAGAGAAGAAGUACGUGCACGCACAAGGAAGAAGUACCCUGCUCCAAGGAUAUUGACAAGGAGCGCUGCAUGAAAAAAUGUACUCGAAAGUUACCGUGCGACCACUUCUGUAAAAAGAAAUGUUGGGAGCCGUGCGGAGACUGCGAUCAGAUGGUGAACAAAGUCGUCGCCGAGUGCCAGCACAGCGUGAGAAUAAAGUGCAAGUCGGAGGCGACGCGCGCGCAGUGCUUGUCUCGGUGCGGGCGCGCGUUGAGCUGCGGGCACGCGUGCGAGCGGGCGUGUAAGGAGCCGUGCGACGCGGACGCGUGCGCGGCGCCCGCCGCCCGCGCGAUCCCCGCCGCCUGCGGACACGACGUGACCCCGCCCUGCGCCGUGGCUAGGAAAAUUGCUGGUACGGAGGUUGACUCCGACUCGUUGCUGCAAUACUGCACCGCACCGUGCGGCGCGGCACUGCAGUGCGGGCACACGUGCGCCGGCGACUGCGGCCGCUGCCUGCAGGGCCGCCUGCACGUGCCCUGCGCGCACCCCUGCGGCCGCGACAACUUCUGUGGACACACAUGUCCCGAGCCAUGCAGCAAAGUGUGCCCGCCCUGUAGGCGACAGUGCGACGUCCGAUGUAUGCACUCCAAGUGUACGCAGAUCUGCGGGGCUCCUUGCGCCUCGUGCAAGGAGAAGUGCGGUCGUGCGUGCGUGCACGGACAGUGUACGCGGCGGUGCGGGCAGGCGUGCACGCGCGCGCCGUGCACGGAGCGGUGUGCGAAGCCCCUGGCGUGCGGCCACGCCUGCCGCGGCUUCUGCGGCGAGCCCUGCCCCUCCGUCUGCAAGAUAUGCAAACCCGACGACUUCCCCAGAGACUUUUUGGGCGACGAAUUCGACGAUGAUGCCAUCUUCGUUCUUAUAGAAGACUGUGGGCACGUUUUGCAUUCUGAGGAUAUGGAAAAUCUAAUGAACGGCGACCAGGAGACUAUAGGAGUACGGAAAUGCCCGUUCUGCAGGAGGGCAAUAAUCAACACCCAGCGAUACAAGAAUACGAUAAGUGAAAUGUUCAAGAAGAAUAUUAAUCCCGUGAAAAGAAAAAUUUACGGGAAUUUUGAGAAAAUUAUUCAAACAAGAAAUGAACUACUGAAGGACUUACUGGAUUCCAGCAAAGAAAUUAGCAGUUCGCCCCUAGCGUUGUUAAAAGAUUUAGUCUCAAAACCCUGUUUAAGACUGACAUUAGCAGUGAAACACAACAAGAAAUGCGAUAAUCUCCAGCUGCAGAUGUACAGGACCAGCUUGAACGCGAUAAAGGUGCUGGCUGACUACUGCCGCGACUACCAGGAGAACGCAGCGAAAACUAUGACCGUGCGGACGCAGUUCGAUGCCGCGAUGAAAACGCAAGUCGAAAUGCUGAGCCGCUACCUCUUUCAGAACGUGGACAAACUGAGCGUGCAGCAGCAGCAGGACUAUAACAACGAACUGAAACGCAUCAACACGAUGAUCAAUUUGUCGCGGGCGUUCGACGAUCCCACAUUCAUGAGCGUGAGGACCGACCCCACCGUGGCCGCGGCCGAGAGGGAGGCGAAGUUGCGAGUCCUCGGCCGGACCGUGUUCGAUCCCGAGAGCGCCGACAGAGCUCUGAAAGCCCUGGGGGAGGCGACCAAGACGAGCUUCAACCCAGUAAAGGAGAGGGAGAUGAUCGUCCGGGCGAUCGGCCUGGGGCCCGGUCACUGGUACAAGUGCCCCAACGGCCACUUCUACUGCAUAGGCGAGUGCGGCGGCGCCAUGCAGGUGGGCACGUGCCCCGAGUGUAAGGAGAAGAUCGGGGGGCGGAGUCACGCGCUGCUGCCCACCAACCGCCACGCCGGCGAAAUGGACGGCUCGCCGUUCGCCGCUUACUCCGAGCAGGCGAACAACAUGGCCAAUUUUGACUUGAAUUUUAUCGAUUAGUAGACGCGAGCGAUGGGUACGUAAGUUACUAUUAAAAGUUGAUUCGUAGGCAGGUGGACCUACGUAUUUUCCUCGCCUUAUGUUAGAAGACAGAUCACGACCGACUAACAUUCAAUUGAAGUAACUCGACCGAGUAAUCUGGGUACGCUAUCUUGCCUACGAAUCAAUUUCUUUGAUGGUACUUAACUUUCAAAGUUUAUUAAACGUUAUUAAUGUUAUGGACGUUUUAGGCGUUUCGACGUGCACGUUUUAUGCGCACGAAGAUUCAAUUCGCACGAUUUCCUAAACGCUACAGCAGAAAACGCGCACGCAAAACGUUUCAUUCCACGUAUCAUAUUACCGACCUAUCCGAACUGAUACCAAAUUAAAACUUAACGGCCUUUCCCAAUAUUAUUCAAUCUAUAUCUGGUUUGACAUACAACCGAUCGCAGCUAACAUUGAAUU